ACCAUAUGUAAACUGUUUUAACCGGAAACAGAGGAACCUGCAUCCCGGAAAGGGAAACGUCACCAACAUGAGGUGGUGUUUUUGAACAUUUGGCAGGAAGAACACAGUAUCACACUUGUCCUGUGACUGCAACACUCGAGGACUACAAGAAGAAGAGGAGCUGACCGUCGCAGGUUUUAAAGUGGUGCAACAGUGCUUCUGAGAGGCAUGAAUGACUUUGCAGUUCUCAACACGGGGCGGAAGAUGCCCCUCCUCGGACUGGGGACGUGGAAGAGUGAGCCAGGAAAGGUGAAGCAAGCUGUCAUUUGGGCCUUGCAGAGUGGGUAUCGUCACAUUGACUGUGCAGCCAUCUAUGGCAACGAGGUUGAGAUUGGAGAGGCCAUUCAGGAGACACUUGGCCCCGACAAGGCCCUGAGACGAGAGGACGUGUUCAUCACAUCCAAGCUGUGGAACAAUAAACAUCACCCGGACGAUGUGGAGCCGUCCCUCUUGAAGACCCUGAAGGACCUGAAGCUGGAAUAUCUGGACCUCUACCUCAUCCACUGGCCCUACGCCUUCCAACGAGGAGACACUAGUUUCCCCAGAAAUGAAGAUGGCACCUUGCUGUAUGAUGACAUUGACUACAAGCUGACCUGGGCUGCCAUGGAGAAGCUGGUGGGGAAGGGCCUUGUCCGAGCCAUCGGCCUAUCCAACUUCAACAGUCGGCAGAUAGAUGACGUCCUGUCUGUCGCUAGCAUCAAACCAACUGUGCUUCAGGUAGAGGGUCACCCCUACCUGGCCCAGGUAGAGCUACUGGCCCACUGUCGGGAUCGGGGCCUGGUGUUGACGGCUUACAGCCCUCUGGGAUCUCCUGACCGGGCCUGGAAACAGCCAGACGAACCCAUCCUGCUCAAUGAGCCUUUGCUUGCCACCCUCGCAGAGAAAUAUAAAAAGUCGCCUGCUCAGAUUAUUCUCAGGUGGCAGACACAGCGAGGAGUGGUAACAAUCCCCAAGAGUGUGACAGAGUCCCGGAUCAAAGAGAAUAUUCAGGUGUUUGACUUCACCCUUGAAGCAGAGGAAAUGAAAAGUAUCACGGCUCUAGAUAAAGGAUGGCGCUACAUUGUACCAAUGAUUGAAGUGGAUGGAAAGCGGGUUCCCAGGGAUGCGGGACAUCCUCACUACCCUUUCAACGACCCCUACUGAUGACUCACACUACAACCUGAAUUUGUGCCUUCAAAGACCCCCCCACCCCCCAUCAACACAUCACCCUCCUAUACUUCACUUAAAAAAAAAAAGAAAAAAAAAAUUUCAAUGGUUCUGGCUAUUGCUAUUGGAUUAUGUCUUUAGAUUAUGUCAAACCCUGCACUUCAAGUUACUGUUGGUGAUGGAGACUGGGAAGUCUGGUAUGCCUGUAUACAUACUGUACUGUACGUGUUAUUUUUUAAAUAAACAUUUUGU